GUCGGAGCGGCCGCUCGCCCGCCCGCUCGAGGCCCGCGGGGAGCGCGGCGCAGUCCGUCGGCCCACGGGGGGGCGGCCUCCCGGCAUCUUCGCGGCGACCAAGGACGACCGGGGGAGGAAGCGGCCGGGAUGGCGCGUCCGCGGCCCCGCGAGUACAAGGCGGGCGACCUGGUCUUCGCCAAGAUGAAGGGCUACCCGCACUGGCCGGCCCGGAUUGAUGAACUCCCAGAGGGAGCUGUGAAGCCCCCAGCAAACAAGUAUCCUAUCUUCUUUUUUGGCACCCAUGAAACUGCAUUUUUAGGUCCGAAAGACCUUUUUCCAUAUAAGGAAUACAAAGACAAGUUUGGAAAGUCAAACAAGCGGAAAGGAUUUAAUGAAGGAUUGUGGGAAAUAGAGAAUAACCCAGGAGUGAAGUUUACUGGGUACCAGGCAAUUCAGCAGCAGAGCUCCUCAGAAACUGAGGGAGAAGGUGGGAACACUGCAGAUGCAAGCAGUGAGGAGGAAGGCGAUAGAGUAGAAGAAGAUGGAAAAGGCAAAAGAAAGAAUGAAAAAGCAGGCUCAAAACGGAAAAAGUCCUACACUUCAAAGAAAUCCUCUAAACAGUCCCGGAAAUCUCCAGGAGAUGAAGAUGACAAGGACUGCAAAGAAGAGGAAAACAAAAGCAGCUCUGAGGGCGGAGACGCCGGCAAUGACACAAGGAACACGACUUCAGACUUGCAGAAAACCAGUGAAGGGACCUAACUACCAUAAUGAAUGCUGCAUAUUAAGAAAAACCAUAAGAAGGUUAUACAUUUGGUUGUCUAAUAAUCUUGGAUUUGAUAUGAACCAACACAUACUCCUUGUUGUCAUUGACAGAACCCCAGUUUGUAUGUACAUUAUUCACAUUCCUCUCUGUUGUGUUUGGGGGAAAAAAAGACAUUUUAGCCUUUUUUAAGGUUAUUGAUUUAAUUUCAUGUUAUUUGGUUGCA